CCCCACGCCAACCUGGCCCGGACCUUGCGCUCCUCCGUCGCCUGAGAAGGAAAUGUCGGUCACGGGGAAGGGGCGGGAAUCUUGAUUUAUUUCCCUGUCCUUGGACAACUUGUAUAUAUGGGUGUCCUCCUCCCCCCUUUUCUCAAUGCUUCAGACACGGGUGUAUGCGUGCGCGCCCGAAGGAGGCAGCGGCAAGCGCCUCUGCUCUCCUCCGCCCUCUCCUCGCUGCGCUACGGCUUUGCAAAGGAGGAGGAAAAGGAAGAUGACGAGCCAAUGCAAUUAGCCUAACAAGGGACAGGCGGCAGCAGGAGCAGGCGGCGGCGGCUUUUGCCCUGGCCACUGACACAUCCCUUUUUUUUUCUCGCCGGGACGACCGAGUCCGGUGGAGAAAGUCCAGCAGGAUCUUUCCAUCCGCUCUUCUUUUCCUCACCGGGCUUUUUGAACAAGUGGAGGGGGAGAGAGAGAAUCCUUUUCUUCCUGGACCCUAUUGUGAAAGCGAGGCUUGCUUAGAAUUUGUGUGCUGGACAGCGCUCUUUUAAAAACAUUUUUGCUCUUUCCCAAAAAGGCAAAGACGGGUCUUUUUCUAGCCCGAGCGCUAUCUUUUCCAGGUGGGAGUGGCUGCCCCCCGUCUUCCUUGGUGCAUGUGGACAGCCGUGUUUUUCUUUUGCUUUUGCCUCCCGCCCCAUUUCCUCCCUCGGGAGCCUAUUUUUUGCCGCGCGACAAAUCCACCCCCCCCCAUAUUAACUCCAGCAGAUUUUUUUUUCUUCCAUUGUAACUGGAGUCUGAAAUAAUGGCGAGCCGUUGGACAGUGCGGCCACUCCGAGGAAAAAGAGACUCCUCGGCAGCCAAAGUCCCCGAGAAAUGCAGCCAGGUAUCCAAACAUGAAGAUGAAAAAGGGCAGUGUGAAACAGUGUCAUUGUCAGAAGAUGAAGAAACUUUAUCUUGGCCUGGACUCAAAUUGAUAGUUUUACGACGAUCACCAAUAGGUUUUGGUUUUACCUUAAGACACUUUAUUGUUUACCCCCCAGAAUCUGCUAUUCAGAUUUCUUUAAAAGAUGAAGAGAAUGGAAAUAGAUGUGGGAAAUCAAGAAAGAAGCCUGAGCCAGUGGAUACCAUAUUUGUUAAACAAGUUAGAGAAGGAGGACCUGCUUUUGAAGCUGGACUAUCCACAGGUGACAGAAUUAUAAAAGUGAACAGAGAAAGUGUCAUAGGAAAGACAUUUUCUCAAGUAAUAUCUUUAAUUCAGAACAGUGAUGAUGAUUUGGAACUUAGUGUUAUGCCAAAAGAUGAGGACAUUCUUCAACUUGUCUUUGUAUUUUGUGAUUUUCUCCAGUUCUUUCUCUUCCGUUUUGCUGUCUCCAGGCAGCUUUUACUAUCUUUUCCUGUUUUGUGCCAGCUGCAGUUUUCAAAGGAUAUCAGAGCACUGGCAUAUUCCCAGGAUGCCUACCAGAAAGGCAACGAAGCCUACACUGGUGAUGCUCUUUACAUACCUGAGCCUCCACCAAUAAGUUAUCCUCGAUUAACAUAUCCAGCUCCUGUCCUGGCAUUACCUAUGGAGAAAGCACCUCCUGAUUUAACACUGGGAAAGCAAUCAAAUAGUAGAGCUGUACAGAUAUCAGCACAACUUGAAAAGGCCUGCAGAAAGGAAAUACAAGUGCCUCCAUCUCCAAAAGAUAUUGCAAAAUCUAACACAGCUGUCUGUGUUUGUAAUGAGACCAUAAGAACUGUUGUUGUGCCUUCUGAGAAUGAUGUAGACUUUUCAUCACUUAGAACAAAUCAUACUAGUCCAUCACAGCAGACAGGGGAUAUAAAAUACAAUAUCAAGGAACAAAGUUCUGUGAAAGCAAAAGUACAAACCACUUCACCUUCCUCUUCAAUGUCCACUGCCGUUGUACUUCCUCAGACUCCACUUACAAGACCAACAGAUUCCCCAGAAAUAGCUAAUGAUUCUGGAAACUAUGAAGGACAUCCAGAAGGAGCUUCAGGUUGUAGUUCUGCUCAGAGUCAAGAUUCUCCUUCUGUUAAUCAUACCAGUUCUCCAAGCGCCCAUCGUAACAUAGACUGGAAAACUUACAAAACCUAUAAAGAAUAUAUUGAAAACAAACGCUUUCCCAAAUAUGGUUUCAGAACCAUACAAGAAAGGUUAGAUAGUUUAAGAGCAGCAUCUCCACAUUCAAUAGAUUACUACAUUGGCUCACAGGUACGCUGCAGAAGCACCUCUCAUGAUAGGACCUCACAGUCUGUAUCUAUUCGUCGAAGGAGUACAUCCCAGGAAAGAGUUAAGGAUACUGUAUUAAUCAAAAAGUGGCCAAGGAGUGCUUCACAAGAUACUUUAACUUCACCAGUUAUCAGCCCUCGAAGUCGUAGGGCACGCUCCUUCAACUAUUUAGGUAAACAGGGUGAAGGAGUGGAAAGUGUUCACAGUGAGAAAAUUGUUGCAGAUUCAAGCAAGGCCAAAAAAAUUACAUAUGAAUGUACUGGACUUACUGAUCAAAAUGAUCCUCAAGGCACUUAUGAAACUUCAUGGCGACAUGCGUUUCAGGUGUCCCUUCGUGAUUCAAAUUUUUCUGUGGCUCCUGGUGUCUGUCCUUCAGGUGGCAGACAAAUAAAAAGCCAAGUCUUGGGACCCUUUGCUCAGUUCCACAAAAUUUCAACAGAUGUAAAAGUGAUGCAGCCUUCCAAGGAUAUGCCAAGCACUGGAGGUUCAAAGUCUACAACCACUUUUCAGGAGAGAUCACCUCGCUCAAUAACUAGAAGCACAAGAAAUAGUUCUUUGAAGACCUGUGUAGGUUAUGCAGCAAAGCCAUCAUUUCCUUCUAAUCAGAGUCUGGAUAAUGCUAUUACCACAGGCCAAAGAGAAAUUAAUUAUGUGCACUAUCAUGGUUUGCCAAUUCAACAAUCCAGGAUACAUGCAGAAAGUCCAUCAGAUCACAAACUAAACAUGGGCAAGUCUAAUCUUUCCCCCAAUUCCUAUAUAGCUUCUGCCAAAUUUGUCCCACAAAUGAAUGAGCACUUAACUACCUCGGUUAAUUUAGAUGUCUCUGUCAGACAAAAGAUUCAAAAUUUUGAAAUCGAAGCUAUAAAACAGCCUGAAGUUCAAGCAACAGAUUUGGCAAAUGAAGAAGAAGUUAUCUUGCGGGAAAAGUCGUCUUCUGGCCAUCAAACCCCACAGCUUUUGCGACAUCAGUCUUAUAUUUUAGCUGUAAAUGGUCAAGAACCUGCCUCUGAGACCACUUGUUGGUUACCCAAUGAUGCACGCCGAGAAGUUCAUAUAAGAAAAAUAGAAGAAAGGAAAGCCUCUUGUUCCUGUCCAUCUGAUGAUUCCUUGGCGUCAAUUCCGUUCAUAGAUGAGCUGACCAGUCCUACUAUUGACCUGGACAUCACCCACAUUCCAGCUUCUGCUGUUAUUUCACCACCUCCUUCACGAGCAACGGCCACCACCAGUGCUGUUCCUUUGAGUUGUACUGCUCUUGUUCCUUUUAUUCGACGUCAACUGUCUUAUGGCCAUGAAUCAAUUAGGACUAGUGUUCUAGAUGAUCAAUUCCCUGCAAAAAAUGAAAGGUCCAAAUCUUAUGAUGAAGGACUUGAUGACUAUAAAGAAGGAAAAAGGGCCAUAAAGCAUGCACCGAGCUUAAAGGAAAUUAAGAUUCCAAAAAGCCAAGCAUCUUCAGAAAAUGCAGGAUUCAGAAAAGUAUCUGCUUCAGAUGUCUUUGGCAACACCUCCAAAGAAGGAUAUCUUCAUUUUCGGCAGCUAGUUACAGACAAGGGGAAGAGAGUUGGUGGGAGCAUCCGGCCAUGGAAACAGAUGUAUGUCAUUCUCAGAGGAUGUUCAUUAUACUUAUACAAGGAUAAAAAAGAACCACCUAUGCUUUCUGAGGAGGAACAGCCCAUCAACAUCAAUGCUUGUUUAACAGACAUUUCAUAUAGCGAUACCAAGAAGAAACAUGUGUUUCGGCUUACUACAUCAGACUGCGAAUACCUGUUUCAAGCUGAAAAUAGAGAUGACAUGCUGGCAUGGAUUAAGGCUAUACGAGAAAAUAGCAGCUUAAAUGAUGAGGACACAGGUGUCACAAGCAGGGAUCUAAUUAGCCGGAAGAUUAAAGAAUACAGCACAAUUAUGGGUGCUUCUAGUGGCAAAACUGAGCCACUUUCAAAACCAUCCCGACCGAGCCUAAUUAAAAGACAGACAUUCCUUGGCACUAAAACUGAGCAAAGAACUCAGAGUCCACAUUCUCCUAAGGAGGAAUCAGAAAAGAAAUUCCUUACUAAAGAAAAAGAUGAGACAAGCCCACCCAAAGAUAAAGGUAUAUGGCGAAAAAACAUUCCAAGCAUCAUGAAAAAAACAUUUGAGAGGAAGUCAUCUGCUGCUUGCACAUUUGGUGUCAAACUAGUUGAUUGUCCCCCAGCAGAGAGCAAUAAGUGUAUUCCAAGAAUUGUUGAAAUAUGCUGCAAUUUAGUUGAAGAGAGAGGUCUUCAAUAUACUGGUAUUUAUAGGGUUCCAGGAAAUAAUGUUGCCAUCUCAAAUAUGCAAGAAGAACUAAACAAAGGAAUGACCGACAUUGAUCUUCAAGAUGAUAAAUGGCGAGACCUGAAUGUCAUAAGUAGUUUAUUGAAGUCCUUUCUCCGAAAGCUUCCAGAACCACUCUUUACUAAUGAGAGAUAUGCAACUUUCAUAGAUGCCAACAGAAAAGAAGAUCCUGUCGAGCGACUAAAAACAUUGAAAAGCCUGAUCCAUGAUUUACCUGAACACCAUUAUGAAACACUUAAAUUUCUCUGUGCACAUCUGAAAAUUGUAGCAGAACAUUCAGAAGAAAACAAGAUGGAACCAAGAAACCUGGCAAUAGUAUUUGGUCCAACACUUGUGAGGACAUCUGAAGAUAACAUGACUAAUAUGGUUACUCAUAUGCCAGAUCAAUACAGAAUUGUAGAAACACUUAUCCAAAAACAUGACUGGUUUUUCGCAGAAGAAGAUGCUGAACAACCCUUUACAGCAGUUCAGGAAGCAAACACAGUAGAGUCUCAGCCAGUGCCAAGCAUAGAUCAUUUACUCAGCAACAUUGGAAGAAUUGGAGUAUAUCCUGGAGAUGUAUCAGAUUCAGCUACUGGUGACUUUGCAAAAUCUAAGGGUUCUUGGGGAUCUGGAAAUAAUCAAUAUAGCAGAGAGCUGCUUAAAUCCUCUAUAUUUGCCACAGCCAGUCGCAAGCGGAAAAAAGCAAAAGAUAAACUGCAACCCAGCAGCUCUGAAGAUGAGUGGGAUAAUGUUUUUUUUAUGAAGGAGCCUGCAGAGCACCAUUGCAAUGAUUCAGCAAAAGAGGACACAUCUAAAACAGAGCUGGAGAAGGAGACUACAGGGGACAUGCAGAGAACAGGAUUUCCGAAAGAAAAGGAAGACUGUGUUAACAGUCUUUCUGCAACAAGCGAGGGUGAAAUGUUGCUGAGGAAAGAGAAUGUGUCCUCUGAAGAACCUUCAACAUCUUAUAUUCGGAAAUAUAAAAGAUCCCCAAAUCUCAUCUCUUGGCAAAAUACACAAAAAGAUUACCAUAAACUGUCCAAUUUCCAGAUUGCUUCUGUGUUGGAAGAAACUAUUUUGGACUCAGGCACUACCCUCAGCUGCACUUCACAAGCUUCUCUGCAAAAAAUCUCCUGUAAAAGAUUAGGAGGCCCUGUAAAUAAACACAGUGAAUUUUUAACAGCUGAUGUUGGCUCCAUCACUUCAGGUUACUCCACAACAUCCUCCACGGCAUAUCUAACUGGUGUAGAUUCCACAGGGCUAUGUCCUGAAGUGCUUUACUCGGUGACAGAGAGUAAAGGAGAAGAGGCUGAUGAUGAAAGUAGUGAACUGAUCAGUGAAGGUCGACCCGUGGAAACAGACAGCGAAAAUGAUUUUCCUGAUUUUGCAGCAAGUUCUUCUGUGGAUAGGCUGUUCAGGGAGAAGACUCAAGACAUGGCAAAGAACAUUAGGAGGAACUCUGAAGAAAGUGAAGUAAGUUGUUCAGGAGGAACUUCAACACCAAAGUUAGAUAGUCGCAGACUUUUCAAUUCAUACAAACUUAUUGAAUGUGAUACUCUAUCUCGGAAAAAGUCAGCCCGGUACAAAACAGAGAAUGAAGGCUCAAGGGAUGCAAAACAUGAGGAGGACAUAAAGAAAGGAAAGACAGACAGCAGCUUAACCACAUCAUCAAGAAGUGAACCUGUCAAACAGGAACCUACAUGGAGACUUAAGAUUCCAGACAGAUUAAAACUACGUCUCAAAUCAUCUGCUGAUGAUAUGCUUGGAACUGGCAAUCAGAAGCCGAACUCUGCAGAGAGCUCCAAAAGAAAAAACAUCAGGCGAAGGCACACAUUAGGAGGACAGAGAGAUUUUAUGGAAUUGAGUGUUCUGAAUGCAUGGAAAACUCAAGAGAAAUGCCCAAGCAUGGAGAAAGACACUUCAGCAGUAAACCGGUUGAAGGCAAAAUCCCCAUCCCAGUACCCAGAGUGGGUUGCACAAGAGGGUCUGCGGAGUAACACAGUGAACCUCAAAAUAAAUAAAACUGAAAGAAUGAAUGUAAGCCAAUUAGAUGAUUCCUCAAAAGCAGAAUCCUCAUUUUCUGCAGUGUUAUCAUCAGGAGGCGAUAGUACCAGUUCUUCUGGUAGUUCUUCAUCUGAGGCCUGGUACAUAAAACCUAUGGAGUACUCAGUACUCUAGACUAUUUCAGUGGCGAAAGCUACCAAAAUAUGAACAAAGUCCAUCAUCCUGGUUGUUGAUGCUCACCCUCAUAAGUUAUCUGGGACCCUGGAGAUUAUGUUUCAAUUCUGCUAGUCUCUUUGACACAGUUAAAUAGCCACAAUUCAGUAGCGUAUUUUCUUUCCUCUUUUCCUCAGUUGUUCUGUAAGCUUUUCCCCACCCUCCACAGUGUUAGUAUGCACUAUGCAUAAUGCAGCUAAAAUAUUAUUAGUUGGAAGAAAAAAUAAUUCUUUUUAUUUUAGUCAUUAACAAGUGCCUCAUCAAAAAAAAUUUUAAAGGUUCAUUUGUUAAGGUGCCAUAAUAGUUGUUAUAUUUAGACAUUUAUGUUAAAUGUAAAGAACAAAUUGAUGCAUUUUAUUGUAGAGACUGAAAGGGAGAAUGUAAGCCAAUUAGAUGAUUCCUCAAAAACAGAGUCCUCAUUUCCUGCAGAGUUAUUAUCAUCUGGAGCUAAUAAUACCAGUUCUUCUGAUAGUUCUUCUGAACUCUGGUUCAUAAUAUCCAUAGAGUACUCAGAUUUCUAAAUCACUUCAGUGGGGAAAGCUACCAAUAUAUGAACAAAGGCAACAUCAGCCUGGCUGUGGAUGUUCACCCUCAUAAGUUAUCUGGGCCAGGAGGAUAUAUCUUGAUUCUACCAGUAUCUUUGAGACAAUUAAAUGGUCACCACCACAAUUCAGUAGCUCU